UGUGACUUUAUAUAAUAAGGUCAGAAAACCUCGUCCCUCUCUUUUAACAAUCAUCUCUUUCGAAGCUAGGAGGCUGUUUCUAAACCCUUGCAGGAAGAGCCGAGAGAGGAGUUGCUACAAUGUAUCUUCAGUUUUAUAUAAACGAUAAUGGUGACAAAGUCUACACCACCAAGAAAGAAUCACCAUUGGGGUUGCCUACUGAAUCUGCUCACCCAGCUCGCUUCUCCCCCGAUGACAAAUACUCAAGGCAAAGAGUUCUUUUGAAGAAGCGCUUUGGAUUGUUGCCAACCCAACAGUCACCUCUGAAGUACUAAGAUUAUUGCGAGCAUCUAGUUUUCCCUCGUGGAGUGUUUGAAGUUGGAGCUUUCCUUUGCGGAUGCUGAAGGUUGCUCUAGCUUUCCAUCUUUCUUUGGUUGCUGAAUGUAGGUUAUUUGCCACCCUAUGGUAGCAGAAAUGGAUGUAGACUCUACUCAUAGAUAGAAAAAAAAGAAAAACGUCUAAGUGGAUCUUUUGUGAAACCAUGAGAUGCUAACAAUAUUUCCUGGAUUUGAUCGACUUUUACUGCUAAAAGACACGCUCGCCUUCCUAUAGUUGCACGCAUGGAUGGAAGCCUGGUGGUAUGAACACCAUUUUGUCUUCUAAGCUUUCACCAUCUAUAAACCUCUUUCAUAAUA